CAGAGGUAACCAUAGAGACAGCGCGAUACUGGCUAGCUAACUUGCGGCUAACAAAUAGCUAGCUAGAUGAGUGGGGUUUUCUUUUACUGUCUAGCUUCUAUGGUUUGUUGUCGUCUGGGUCUGGUGUUGACUUCGCCGAUUCAUAUCUGCAGUGUAAUUUGGUGUUUGCCAGAGCUAUCAAAAUGAGUGCAAUACACAACGGGUUUCCGAAUUUGAGCUACCUAUGGUGACGUUGUUAUGAUCCGUGUUGGUCCCAGCUUUUCCAGUAACGUUAUGGGGAGAAGAAAAAUGGUGGAGGAAGUAUCUGCAUCACUCGUCAGAGAAUAUCUUAGCCGAAAAGGACUGAAAAAGACUAUUGCUUGUAUGGACGAGGAAUUACCUCGGUCAAGUUCCAGCAUAAACAGUAGGGAAGAUCUGCGCCGACUUCUCUAUCUUGAUAAUCUUUACAAGAAAAACAAGUUACAGGAGUUUCCAUUUAAAACACUUUUGGAACUCAUUGUGUGGUACCGAACUGAAGAGAGCGGAGGCACCAAGAGAAAGCAGCAAAGUAAUGACUCUCAGCCACCUAGAGCUGAGAAGAACCUGACAAAUUCUGUUGGCAGCUCUGUCACGAUGCCUAAAGAGGCCAGUGGAACAGAUGACAGCAUAACAGGCUUUAUUCAGCAGAAAUCAAAUGUGUCAAGGUUGUCUAAAAGUGAAACUAUCAGUUCACCUCCCAUAGGGCUGACAUCUUACUCAAAGGGUGCAAAAUCUCCAGUCAACACUAAUUCCAGUCUCACUGAGGGUGCAUCAGACAGACUAUCUUUGUCUAGCACUUCAGAGACUUCUAGCUCCUCUGAUGCGAUAGACCAGUCUACAGAAAAGCGGAGCUUGGUCAGUGAGAGCCUUAGGAGCAGAAGCACACGAAUUCAGAGGGGUAUGAUGGCAGGGCCAGUAGCCAACUCUCCUCUGGAUGGUAGUAAAAAACGUGUAACACGCAAGUCGGCAGGUCCCUCUCCUCUCUCAGCAAAGGAUGGAGAAAUGAAGGAGUACAACACCUGGUUAAGCAGCAUGACUCAUAGUGCCACGUCUGACAGCGUUUUUCCAGAGAAGGGUAUCCCAGCACCCCCAGCCUACUGGGAGAGGGUCGAGGACUUGCCGUCCGAGGGCCAUUCGCCAGCAAGGGCCUGUGGUGAAUUUGAGAAAGUCCACUGGGACAAGCCUCAGUCUGACAUACCCAAACGGGAAGUGAGUCCAAUGGCUAGUGAAGUUCAUAUGAUGACGCUUGAUGAUAUAGAUGAUAACGAGGAGGAGUUGUGUGGUCUCGCUAGACCGACUGUCAAUCAUUGUCUGCCUCAACACACUUUUGACUCGCAUCCAAUAGAUCUUCCCACUGCCACUGCCUUGAAAGAGCUCCUCCUUGGUUCCCCUGUCAGUUGCUUUGGCGAAGAAUGGAAAUGUCAGAGUUUUGUUUUUUCGGAUAAACCCAGUUUAAAAUAUGGGAUUAUACAGAAAAAGGGAGGUCCUUGUGGAGUGCUGGCCUCUGUACAAGCUUGCGUUCUGCAGAAAUUUCUGUUUGAGGACACAGAAUGUGACUUACCAUUUCGGCAGUUGCAGCCAUCACAAUCAAAACGGACUCGCUGCCUAGCAUUGGCUAUCGCUGACAUCCUCUGGAGAGCCGGAGACAGAAGAAAAGCUAUUGUGGCAAUAAACUCAAAAAGAAGUCAUUUCACUCCAGUGAGACACUACAGAUCAGAUGGGGUUCUGGAGAUGAUUACCUGCAAUACGGUUAACAGUUUGGAAGAGCUCAGAUCAUUUUUGGAGCAGCAUAUAUUCCAGUUUGAGUGCGGUCCCUUUGGGUGUAUUCUACUCACUGUCUCUGCCAUCCUCUCCAGAUCGAUUGAAGGACUGCGCAGUGACAUGGAUGUGCCCACAACCACUCUGAUAGGAGCCCACGGCUACUGCACACAGGAGCUGGUUAAUCUCCUGCUGUGCGGCAGGGCUGUCUCGAAUGUCUUCAACGGUGAGAUGACACUGGAGUCAGGGAAUGGCAUGUUCACUUUGCUGAAGGGAGUCUCCGCCCGCAGUGAUAUCGGAUUGCUCUCCUUGUUUGAACAUUAUAAUAUCUGUAAGGUUGGGGAUUACCUGAAGCAUCCCAGACAUCCAAUCUGGGUUGUAUGCAGUGAGAGCCAUUUCAGUGUGCUCUUCGCCUUGAACAAGAACCUGACGUCUGACCUGGUGGAGAAGAUGACCUUUGACCUCUACUACUAUGAUGGCUUGGCCAACCAGCAAGAGCAGAUAUGCUUGACCGUCUCAACAGGCACUUCAAAGAUGACUGCUGUUGGUGACUGUGUGGACAGUGAUCUUAUUCCUCCUCUGGAGCACUGCAUAAGGACCAGAUGGAAGAAUGCAGUGGUCGACUGGAAUGAUACAGAGCCUAUACUUUGAUGUGACAUUUAUACACAUCCAAACAGACAAUUUAACAUGGUUCGUUCCACAAGUUCACAGCUCAUCCACAUGAUGUAUAGCUCACAGUAUUUACUGUGCAUAUGACUAACUGCAUGUGUGAUGAACAUCUUAACUUGUCAUUCGUAUGAAUGGGGCGAAUCCUCAGAGAGCUAUCCAAGUCAUCCUUUUAAAAAAAAAACAUCUAGAGUAUAGAAGCACAGGACACAUAUAUAGACCAUAUUUAUAAACGUAUCCUUCUCCUCUCUAAGAAUUCCUCUUUUUUUAACAUGUCCUUUUCCUAACAUGAUUACACCAGAUCACCUUAACAUUAACAUUUACGAUGUGCAGGAAAACUAAGCCUUUUAUGUGCCUAUGCCUAAAUGAACAUAACAUGUACUGUAUUAUCAUUUUUGUUUCUUUUUUAAAAAAUAACUUAUUGUUAUAUAAUUUAUCUGGUCAAUUAGAUCUUUUCAAUGUAUUUUUCUCCAUUGUCUUAUGACAUUGUUAACAUUCAUUAUGCUUAGGUAAUGUUUGUCCUUGAUGUGCCUAUACAUAAGUGUAUGUAUGACAUUAUUUAUUGGAGUACCAUAAGCCUUUCAAAGGAAUUGUUUUCCAAACAGUAAACAUAAACAAGGUC